AUGACUCAUACUGUGCCACAAUUGAAAGACAAGUCUCUGUUCAUUGGAAAAUGCCACAUCAACGGUGAAUGGGUUGAGGCCCAAUCGGGCAAGACCUUUGAGGUUACUGAUCCGGCCACAAGCAAAGUCAUCGGAACAUGCCCUGAAUUCAACGCAAAAGACACCGAGAAAGCCAUCAAGGCUGCUUCGGAUGCAUUCCCUUUAUUUCGCAAGAUUGUAGUACGCGAAAGAUCCCGACUGCUGAGACGUUGGUAUGACCUCAUUUUGCAAAACCUGGACGACUUGGCGACUUUGAUAACUUGGGAAAAUGGGAAACCGUUUGCUGAGGCCCAAGGCGAGGUCAAGUACGCUGCCUCUUUUAUUGAAUGGUUCAGCGAGGAAGCUCCCCGGUUGUACGGCGAUACAAUUCCUGUAUCCGUUUCGGGUAACCGAGUAUUAACAAUUAAGGAGCCGGUGGGUGUGUGCGGAUUUAUCACUCCAUGGAAUUUCCCUGCAGCUAUGAUCACUCGUAAGAUCGGCCCGGCAUUGGCGGCAGGCUGUACAGUUGUCGCAAAAAGCCCCGGGGAGACUCCAUUUACUGCUAAUGCCCUUGUGGAACUAGCCGUUCGAGCAGGCCUUCCUAAUGGUGUGGUAAACGUCGUGACUGCGCUAGAGAAUACCGCUGAGGUCGGGUAUACUCUCACCACACAUUCGGAUAUCAAGAAGGUCUCGUUUACAGGCUCAACUCGUGUUGGUAAGCUCCUGAUGGCACAGGCAUCUUCUAGUAUGAAGCGGGUGUCUUGGGAACUUGGAGGCAAUGCUCCAUUUAUUGUCUUCGAUGAUGUGGAAGAUAUCGAUACGGCAGUUGCUGGCGCUCUUGCGUCCAAGUUCCGAGGAACUGGACAGACCUGCGUCUGCGCUAAUAGAAUCUACGUUCACCGAUCCCACUAUGAAGCCUUUGCGGACCGACUUGUCAAGCGCAUCAAGAACUUCAAGGUCGGACCUGGAUUCGCUGAGGGUGUAACCCAUGGGCCUCUUAUCCACCCCACAGCUGCACAGAAGGUUGCCGAUCAUGUCGCAGAUGCUAAAUCCAAAGGUGCUCGUGUCCUUCUGGGCGGAAACCCGAUUACUGAGCUCGGUCCCACCUUCUUUCAGCCUACAGUCUUGGCUGACAUGACCCAUGAUAUGCGCAUUGCUUCUGAAGAAACAUUUGGUCCUGUGGCAGCUCUGUUUCCCUUCGAUACUGAGGAAGAGGUGAUCCGGCUAGCUAAUCGCUGCGAGGUUGGCCUGGCAGCGUAUAUCUUCAGUGAUAACGUCAGGAGGGUUUUCCGCGUAGCAGAGGCGCUCGAGGUCGGCAUGGUGGGUGCCAACACUGGCUCUAUCAGUGAUGUUGCCGCUCCAUUUGGUGGCGUCAAGGAGAGCGGUUUUGGCCGCGAAGGAAGCAAAUACGGAAUUGAGGAGUUUGUGAAUAUCAAGAGCAUCACCUUGGGUGGAAUAUUCUAA